AUGAGCGGAAUCGGAGCUUCCGAGGGGCACAGGUUGAGAAAGAGCCCGCUCCAAAGGCAAACGAAGCAAUGCGGUGCUGUGACGGUAACCCUGCAGUCCGUGGUGCUGGGGAGCCCGUCAGUGGUCGCAGACCGUUCGUCUCCUCCGAGCCUCAGCGCUCCUCGCUCAGCCGCCGCCGGGCCCGCAGCGGGGUGGGGCAGCGCCGCCCCCUGCCUGCCACGGGGUCUGGCUGCAGCGGCACCGCCCGCAGGAAGGCGCGGCGGGGUGGGGACGGGAGGAAGCAGCGGAGCCUCCCCCGGGCUGGGUUCCACGGCCGGCCCAUGCCUCGGCGGGAGCAGUGAGCGGCGGGCUGAGCGGAGCCGCGGGGCGGCGGCGGGCGGCCAUGUCGGAGAGCGAGGGAGGCGCGGCAGAUGCAGUUUCCACAUCUACUUACUCAUCACCAGCCAAAAGUUUGGGAGACCCUGGAAUCACUCCGCUUUCUCCAUCGCAUAUCGUGAAGGACUCUGAUGCAGAAGAUGCUGUAGAACAGUUAUUUCUUGUUGUUGUGGCUAUUGAUUUUGGCACAACAUCCAGUGGCUACGCCUACAGCUUCACCAAGGAGCCGGAAUGUAUUCACGUAAUGAGACGAUGGGAAGGUGGGGAUCCAGGUGUAUCCAACCAGAAGACACCAACUACUAUCCUCUUAACACCAGAAAGAAAGUUUCAUAGCUUCGGAUACGCAGCGAGGGAUUUCUACCAUGACUUGGAUCCCAGCGAAUCAAAGCACUGGUUGUAUUUUGAGAAGUUUAAGAUGAAGCUGCAUACCACUAGUAAUCUUACCAUGGAGACGGACCUGACAGCUGCAAAUGGCAAAAAAGUCAAAGCACUUGAAAUAUUUGCUUACGCCCUGCAAUUUUUUAAGGAACAGGCACUAAAGGAGCUCAGUGACCAAGCAGGUUCGGACUUUGAAAAUACUGAAGUAAGAUGGGUUAUUACAGUGCCUGCUAUUUGGAAGCAGCCUGCAAAGCAGUUUAUGAGACAAGCUGCCUACAAGGCAGGAAUGGCAAGCCCUGAAAACCCUGAGCAGCUGAUCAUUGCCCUGGAACCUGAGGCAGCUUCUAUCUACUGCCGGAAGCUCCGCCUUCACCAGAUGAUAGAGCUGAGCAGCAGAGCGCCUGUCAAUGGCUACAGCCCCAGCGACACCAUUGGAACUGGAUUUACACAAGCAAAGGAACAUGUCCGUCGCAAUCGACAGAGUCGCACCUUUUUGGUGGAAAAUGUUAUAGGAGAAAUCUGGUCUGAACUGGAAGAAGGUGACCGUUACAUCGUUGUUGACAGUGGAGGAGGCACAGUAGAUAUGACAGUCCAUCAGAUCAGGCUCCCCGAAGGACAUCUUAAGGAACUAUACAAGGCAACAGGUGGGCCAUAUGGUUCCCUAGGUGUGGACUAUGAAUUUGAAAAGCUCCUGUGUAAAAUAUUUGGAGAAGAUUUUAUUGAGCAAUUUAAAAUCAAGCGUCCUGCUGCCUGGGUAGAUCUGAUGAUAGCAUUUGAGUCCCGGAAACGGGCAGCAGCUCCAGACAGGACCAAUCCACUAAACAUCACUCUGCCUUUCUCCUUCAUUGAUUAUUAUAAGAAGUUUCGAGGUCACAGUGUAGAACAUGCCUUGAGGAAAAGCAACGUGGACUUUGUGAAGUGGUCUUCCCAAGGAAUGCUGAGGAUGAGUCCAGAUGCAAUGAAUGCACUGUUCAAACCUACAAUUGACCAGAUUGUUCAGCACCUGAGUGAUGUGUUCGAUAAGCCAGAAGUGACCAAUGUCAAGUUUCUGUUCCUGGUGGGUGGCUUCGCUGAAUCCCCUUUACUCCAGCAAGCUGUCCAGAGCGCUUUUGGUUCGAGAUGUCGAGUCAUCAUUCCUCAGGAUGUGGGGCUCACUAUCCUCAAAGGAGCUGUUCUCUUUGGUCUAGACCCCGCUGUCAUCAAAGUGCGGCGUUCACCUCUCACCUACGGUGUGGGUGUGCUGAAUCGGUUUGUGGAAGGGAAGCAUCCACCGGAGAAGCUGCUAGUCAAAGAUGGCACGCGUUGGUGCACUGAUGUCUUUGACAAAUUUAUCUCCGCCGACCAAUCUGUAGCCCUUGGAGAAACUGUGGCACGCAGUUACACACCUGCCAAACCUUCUCAAUUAGUAAUAGUGAUCAAUAUCUAUAGCUCAGAACAAGAUAAUGUCAGCUUCAUCACUGAAUCUGGAGUGAAAAAGUGUGGCACCCUUCGCCUGGAUCUCACAGGAACUGAUGCUUCUGUGCCAAACAGACGGGAGAUCAAAACACUUAUGCAGUUUGGGGACACUGAGAUCAAAGCCAUGGCCAUUGAUGUUGCCACCUCUAAAAGUGUCAAAGUUGGUAUUGAUUUCUUAAACUACUAACAGAUGGUUUCCCCCACCAUGGCCUGUUUGUGAGACUCAUCGUCUACUAUUUCAUUUUUUGACUAUCAUAUGUCACAUAAUCAUCUUGAAUUUCAGCAGGCUAUAUGGGAACAGCUAGUAAGGUGGGGUAUGUCAUGCUUGUGCCCUUGAAGGACCAAAGGUUGGAUUUUAAACCAUCCUUUAAAAGUUUGAGGAGGAAAAGCUUCAGAGGUAGUAAAAGUUGUUCAAGCAUGUGGAAAGAUCUGCCUUUAUUAAGUAUUAUUAUUGCAUCCUGAAGAUUGGUUAAGAAAUAUAAAAUCAUUAUUUCCUUGCCUUGCUCUUCUUCCUCUUCCUCCCAGGAAACAUUUGCUAGCCCAGGUGGUUGGUGUAGGGGGGUAUCUGUGUGGGGCAUCUGUCUGAAACAGCACCAUCCUCUGAGCAUGGAAACAAAUUUGUAAGUUACAGCUUUCUUUUGGUUUUUGGCCUGUACUUUCAUCAAUGUAAGCACUGAAAAUCAGGGAUGGAAAGAAGUAGGAAGUGAGUGUCUUCACUUCUGAGGUCACACUGAAAAGAAAAUCCUUAGAAAUCCUUAAAAGUAGAUCUAGGAAACAUAUAUUUUAGUAGCCUCGUGUUGGUUAUCCAAGCUUGAGGAGGUCUUUCUUGUCAAAGCUCUCUGAACUAGCUAUUGGAUUAAAUAGCUAACAUUACCCUCAUUAUACUUCAGAAAUUUAUUAAGAGCAAAGUAAUUUCCCUUUUUAGGUCUUGUAAACUUGUAUUUAUUAGUUUCCAUCCAGAAUCACAAAAUAGAUGAAGUUGGAAGGGAUCUCUGAAAACUAUCUGCUCCAACCCCUAAACUCUAAGCUAGAACAGGAUGCUCUGUCCUUGCAGACUGUGAAUAUCUUCAAAGGUAGAGAUGCCUAAACUUCUUGGGGCGAUCUAUUCCAGUGUUUGACAACACUCACUAUAAAAACAAACAAACAAAACAAAAAACCCCCCACAUUUUUAAAACCAUUUUCUUAUGUUUUAAUUUGUGCCCAUUGCCUCUUAUCCCUUCACUGAAAACUACUGAGAAGUCUUGCUCCAUUUUCUGUGUCUUGUUAGACUUUAUAUGCAUUCCUGAUUGCUUCUUCUUGAGUCUAAAGUCCUAGAUCUCUCAGCCUCUCCUCUUACAACUGAUGCUCUGAUCCCUUUGUUGUCUUUGUGACACCUUGGCAGACUUAGCCGAUAAGUCCAUGUUGCUCUUGUACUGAGAGGCACAGGACUGGAUGCCAGAUGUGGUCUCAUGGGGUCUGAACAGAAGAGAACGUUCACCUUCCUUAUCCUGCUGGCAGUACUUUUCCUUGUGCAGCCCAGCUGUUGGUAUUUUUUGCCUCAAGGGUGUGUUGCUGGCUCAUGAAGACUGUCUACCAAGACCUUUGAGGUCUUUUUCCACUAGGAUGCUUCCCAGCCAGUGGAUCCCCAGCAUAUUCUGUUGUAUGGAGUUAUUCCUCCAGAGAUUUAAGACUGUGCACUUCUCUCAUAAUCAUAUUUUUUUCUUGUUAAUUCCCAUGUUAACAUUUAGAAGUACAGUUAGAUGAUGGCUGUCCAGGAGAAUAAACUGAUAACUUCAGUUUUAAAUCCACUCCUAGAUGGUGUAUGGAUGCUAACCUAGAUAACCAUCAAAUACUGAUGCUUUCAGAGCACUUACAUAGAGCUGCCUGAUUACCUGCUGGAAUUCAUUACAUUUUUGAACUUGCAGUUUUAAUUCUUAAACUAAACCUUCCUUUCUAAUAAUUUGAGCAUGGGUUGUUUCGGUUACUGACACUUUAGGGAAAUGAAAGCUUUAUCAAUGUUUUCACUGAUUUACAUUCCAAUCCUGCACUUAAGCUUUCCGUGUUUAUCCUGGAGAUUUGCCACUGUAAAGAGUCGCAGAACUGGUCUGCUGCAUUUGCCAUUGAGUUUUCUGUGUCUGUUGCAGGAUUCCCUAGUAGAAUAUGAAAUCUGUUCAGCAUUCAGCUUUAAAAAAAGAAAAAGUAAUGGAGAAUGGAGUCACAGUAUCCGGCUGGAUACUUUCCUAUAAUUACAAAGUGUGCUUUCUAGCAUUCAAUUUCCUGCUGCCUGCUAAAUGCUUUAAAAGCUAAAUACUGGGAUUUUUUUGUGUGUGUUGCUUUCCAUGGUUUACAAACAAGAGAAACUUUAAGAUGAGUUAUGAACAAUAUAAUUUUAUGUAUAUACAAUAUUUAAAUAUUGUACAGACUCUUUCUUUCUACAGUGCUAUUUUCUUGUAUAAAAAUGCUCUUUGCCUCUGUUGAUUUCAUUCAGCUGUUAAUUUUAAAUAACAUAGUUUCUCAAUCAGCUUCCAUAAUUAUAGGCUUUUAAAGAUGGUAAGAUAUGAAAUGUAAAAGGCUGAUCUUAUAAUAAUAGGAAGGAAAUGUUGAUGUGUCAGAAAAUACAACAUUCUUCCUGCAAUGCAAGUCACACCAGUUAAGCGUAUUACACAGAUGCACUUGUAUUUUGCUGGGAUUUCAUUUCUUUGUUUCAGAUGGUGACCAUUCCAGCAGUUCAUCAUAAUAAUGGAUGAAUCCUCCUGUAAAAAGAAGUUAUAUUUAGCUUGUAUGAUCUGAAUAUACAGCUUAUAUAUACAGUAAGGAUCUUUUCCAGUUAAAAAGAGGUAAAUGCUUUCCAGAGCCAGGUAACGCUGAUUUGUAGUAGUUGCAGGUCUCUGUCUGUCACUACUUCCUACCAAACACUAAAUUCUUAAAGAGAGAAGGCUUCACGGUCUUUGCAUCCGAUGUUAAACAGAAUGGUUCCAAUUAAACAAGGAUUUGUUUCCAGUGGCCUUAGGUUAAUGCAGAAUUCGAUACAGUUAAGGUCUGCAAUCCCCCCCCAGGAAGAGGAGGUGAACUGUAGGGUCUUGUGGCCCUUGGGUUUUGUUCUGUUUUCAGCCCGUCUGCUGGGAAUGCUAGCAGUAGUUUCUGCAGCUCUUUUGAAGUGUAGUUCCCCGCAUGGUAGAGAUUCUUUGCCCUUUUUUAUUCACCUUUUGUAAGAUUCUGACCUGACUCAAACGGGCUUUUGUUGCUAAAGUGAUUCUACUGUAACUGUAAAAUGUGAAGAGUUUGCAUAUUUUUGCACUUCCUUUUUCAGUCUCAUGAGAGCACUAUCUAGCUCUUCAAUGCAGAACACUGAACUACUGAGCAAAAUUCCAACUGUCCUCGUUGUGCUCUUUAAAUCUGAGAGUGGAAAAUUAGCCUGUCCCUCUAAGGAAUUAGAAUUGUAAGUAGAAUGUUAUGCUAUGGUCUGUAGUUUAUAACCCAUUUGAACAACUUUACAUUGUAAGUGGGAAAGGGAUGCCCAUUUUGAUAGAGGAUGUUAGGCUGUAAAAUUAAUAUGAAAUUUAUUAGGAAAUUAUGAGUCAUUUUUAGAAUAGUCGUUCUGGUACUUAUGCAGGAAGUUUCCUGUACUUUUGGUAGGUAUUUCAGAUGACAUUGUGCAACUUAAUGUUGAAAAGACAAGGCCUGCCAUCCUUAUGCAAAGCCAAAAGCCCUGACGGAAGUUUUGCUCUAAGGAUGGACUUGCGAGUUUGAGUCAAACUAGGCUGAAAGUUAGCAAUGAAUUGUGAUAGAAUGAUUACUUGUACUAGAAUAUGAUACAUGUGCAGUAAUGGUUAAGAUGGUUAAUAUUGCUAUAUUCAUGCCAGUGAAUAUAUACAGGAGUUUUAAUGCAUUAUUAUGAGGAGGCUAAUUAUGUAUUGCAGAGAAUUAAUCGCUGAGAUAAGCUGCAUAUUUAUCAUAUGAAAUGGCUUAAGCGGAUGAAUAGUAUAAAAGUUGUUGGGCAUAACGUCACAAUACACACCUGCUUGAAAUAGUCUUAAACUAUAUUAUAAAACCAACCAUUGUGGUCUUGUUCACCCCUGUGCAAGAUAAAUUCAGACUUCACAGAUGUUUGGAGCUGUUCACAACUUGAUUGUACCUUGAGUGUUCUUGUGUCCUCAACCAUGUCAAAUAAAAUACAGUAAAACUAA